AUGGAUAUUCAAGCUUCCUACAGCUGUUUACUUGGUAGACCAUGGAUUCAUGAAGCAGGGGCAGUAACAUCCACUCUUCACCAAAAGCUAAAGUUUGUAAGUCUUGGAAAGCUUGUUACAGUGAGUGGGGAGUCAGCUCUUUUGGUUAGCCAUUUGUCGUCCUUUUCCUUCAUUGGUGGUGAAAGUUCGGAUGGAACGUCAUUCCAAGGGUUCUCGGUUGAAAGCGGUACUACAAAAGGUGAAACAUGCAUGGCCUCUCUAAGGGAUGCUCAGAGAGUAAUUCAAGAAGGAAAAGCGGAAGGCUGGGGGGGCACUUUUCACAGUGCCGGAUUCAUUAAUACACCACCUGAGACUAAUGCAAUUUUGGAAGAUCAAUCAGAAGAGGUGGCACCUGACUUUGUGACUCCUGAUGGAAACUGCUGCAACUGGAUUGCUGUUGACAUCCCUUCUGCGAUACCUUUUUCUAAACUGAACAUAAGUGAGCCCGUUGAACGUAGUGACUCUAUGCUUCCGCCCAACUUGGAGUUCCCUGUUUAUGAGGCUUGGGUAGAGGAGGAUGAAGAGAUUCCUAAUGAGCUCAGAUGGAUGUUAGAGCAAGAAAGAAAAGCCAUUCAGCCUCAUAAGGAAGAAAUAGAGUCGAUCAACCUAGGUACUGAGGAAGAUAAGAAAGAGAUUAAGAUUGGAGCAUCAUUAGAGGCAUCUGUCAAGAAUAGGAUAAUUGAGCUUCUCAGAGAGUAUGAUGAUAUAUUUGCGUGGUCCUAUAAAGACAUGCCAGGGUUAGACCCUGAUGUUGUUGAACAUCGUUUGCCUCUAAAGCCCGAGUGUCCUCCAGUCAAGCAGAAGUUAAGAAGAUCUCAUCCAGAUAUGGCUCUCAAGAUCAAAGAGGAAGUGCGAAAACAAAUUGACGCAGGUUUCUUGAUUACCUCUGAAUAUCCUCAAUGGUUGGCCAACAUAGUGCCCGUUCCGAAGAAAGAUGGUAAGGUCAGAAUGUGUGUUGACUAUCGGGAUUUGAACAAAGCUAGUCCGAAGGAUGAUUUCCCUUUACCUCACAUUGAUGUAUUGGUUGAUAGUACUGCUAGAUGCAAGGUGUUCUCCUUCAUGGAUGGAUUUUCCGGGUAUAACCAGAUCAAGAUGGCUCCGGAAGAUAGAGAAAAGACGUCUUUCAUCACGCCAUGGGGCGCUUUCUGCUACUUAGUAAUGCCAUUUGGAUUGAUAAAUGCUGGCGCCACUUACCAGAGAGGCAUGACUAAAAUAUUCCAUGAUAUGAUACAUAAAGAGAUUGAAGUAUAUGUGGAUGAUAUGAUUGUCAAGUCAGGCACUGAAGAAGAACAUGCUGAGUAUUUGUUAAAGAUGUUUCAACGGUUGAGAAAGUACAAACUCCGGUUGAAUCCUAACAAAUGUACCUUCGGUGUUAGAUCUGGCAAGCUCUUGGGUUUUAUCGUUAGUCAGAAAGGUAUUGAAGUAGAUCCCGACAAAGUCAAAGCUAUCAGGGAAAUGCCGGCUCCAAAGACAGAGAAACAAGUUAGAGGUUUUUUGGGAAGAUUGAACUACAUCUCCAGAUUCAUCUCCCAUAUGACUGCCACAUGUGGACCGAUAUUCAAGUUACUCCGUAAAGAUCAGGGGAUCGUUUGGACGGAAGAUUGCCAGAAAGCUUUUGAUAGCAUUAAAGGGUAUUUGUUAGAUCCUCCGAUUCUUGUCCCUCCAGUUGAAGGAAGGCCUUUGAUCAUGUACUUGACUAUGUUGGAUGAUUCUAUGGGCUGCGUGCUUGGUCAACAAGACGAAACUGGAAAGAAAAAGCAUGCCAUUUACUACUUGAGUAAGAAGUUUACGGAUUGUGAGUCCCGAUAUUCUAUGCUUGAGAAAACUUGUUGCGCUUUGGCAUGGGCCGCUAAGCGUCUCCGUCACUACAUGGUUUACCACACUACUUGGUUGAUAUCCAAAAUGGAUCCGAUCAAGUACCUUUUUGAGAAGCCCGCGUUAACAGGAAGAAUUGCUCGUUGGCAGAUGUUAUUGUCUGAAUAUGAUAUUGUGUAUCGCACUCAGAAAGCCAUCAAGGGUAGUGUUCUUGCCGACCAUUUGGCUCAUCAACCAAUUGAAGACUAUCAGCCUAUCAAGUUUGAUUUCCCAGAUGAAGAGAUCAUGUAUUUAAAGAUGAAAGAUUGUGAUGAACCGUUGUUUGGUGAAGGUCCUGAUCCAGACUCUAAGUGGGGUUUGAUUUUUGAUGGAGCCGUCAAUGUCUUUGGUAAUGGAAUAGGGGCAGUUAUCCUUACUCCUAAAGGUACUCACAUCCCUUUCACUGCAAGACUCCGGUUUGAUUGCACGAACAAUAUUGCGGAAUAUGAAAUCAAAGGAAAAUGGGAAACUCACCAUGCUGGAAUGAUACCUUACAGAGACUAUGCAAGACGUUUAUUGACUUUCUUCAACAAGGUGGAGUUGCACCACAUUCCUCGGGAUGAGAAUCGAAUGGCAGAUGCCCUAGCAACUUUAUCUUCAAUGAUCAAGGUGAAUCGAGGCAACGACGUGCCUCUAAUCAGUGUCAAGUUCCUUGAUAGGCCCGCUUAUGUGUUUGUAGCCGAAGCAGUUUUCGAUGAUAAGCCGUGGUUUCAUGAUAUUAAAGUGUUUCUUCAAACUCAAGAGUACCCUCCUGGGGCAUCCCGUAAAGAUAAGAGAACUCUAAGAAGACUGUCUGGCAAUUUCUUCCUGAGUGGAGACGUCUUGUACAAAAGAAACUUUGAUUCAGUUUUGCUCAGAUGUGUGGACCGACGUGAAGCAGAUUUAUUAAUGCAUGAGAUACACGAAGGCUCGUUCGGGACUCAUUCUAGUGGAUAUUCAAUGGCUAAGAAGGCAUUGAGAGCAGGCUACUACUGGAUAACGAUGCAUGCUGACUGUCAUCAUUAUGCCAAGAAGUGCCACAAGUGCCAAAUUUAUGCUGAUAAGAUUCAUGUUCCAGCGUCUAUGCUCAAUGUUAUCUCUUCUCCAUGGCCGUUCUCUAUGUGGGGCAUUGAUAUGAUUGGUCGAAUCGAACCGAAAGCUUCCAAUGGACAUCGUUUCAUACUAGUGGCUAUUGACUACUUCACCAAAUGGGUCGAAGCGGCAUCUUAUGCUAAUGUGACCAAACAAGUAGUAGUCCGAUUUAUCAAGAACGAUAUCAUAUGCCGUUAUGGCGUUCCCAACAAGAUCAUCACGGAUAAUGGCACGAAUUUGAACAAUAAAAUGAUGAAGGAAUUAUUGCGUACUUCAACAGGGGCGACCCCUUUUUCUUUGGUAUAUGGGACGGAAGCGAUACUUCCGGUAGAAGUUGAAAUCCCGUCAUUGAGGGUCUUGAUAGAAGCUGAGCUGUCAGAGGCUGAAUGGUGUCAAAAUAGGUAUGAUCAGUUGAAUUUGAUUGAGGAAAAACGCAUGGCUGCUUUAUGUCAUGGACAGCUAUAUCGGACAAGGAUGAAACAAGCGUUCGAUAAAAAGGUUCGUCCCCGUGAAUUUAAAGAAGGUGACCUGGUGGUCAAGAAUAUCAAGUCUUUCCAACCAGACCCUAGGGGAAAGUGGACACCUAAUUAUGAAGGUCCCUAUGUGGUGAAAAGAGCUUUUUCUGGUGAUUCAGAAUAUUUUCCAUCUUUGAUAUUCGUUCGUCUUCAGGAGGAUAUUGUUGAUACUGUUGAUAUGAUUCAUACUCAACUUGAUUGUAGAGGUUGA